UCAGGGUAGACCAAGCCUGUAUAACUACAGUAGGGUGAAAAUAUUGCCCGUCUCAUUUUGCCUGUCUCAUUGCUGGGAAACACGGACUAGAAGGCCAGGUGGUACUUGAUUUGCUGAUUUGUUUGAGUCUUAAUGACUGACCAAAACUAAAACCGAAUAAGAUCACCAUUUGGUUCGCUUCUCGUCAAACACCGAGACCCACGCCACGCCUGUCACAUUUGACAUGAGAAAGUAAGUCUGAUUGUUGUGAAGACGAAGUUACGAUGCAGAGUAAACAAAAUGAAGGGGGCUGGCUUGCUUGCCUAGAGCUCCCAUGCCAACUAAGACGCAGCACCGCCUUAAAGCUCACAGCUUCAGCCUGCUUGUUUAUCCCUUGGUGCAUGCUUAUCUUCGACCGCUUCAACAACUUGGGUAUCCUAGGUGAGAUUCGGCAAGGGGGCGAGCAAGCUCAGGAGACCCCGGGGCGGACAUUGCCUGAUGUGCAGCCGUUGUAUCACAACUACAGUCAACAUGAGGUGCAAACUUUAUCAGGGACACAAGCCAACCAAUCUAGGACCGGACUAGCGGAUGAUUUCAGAGCGUGUCUUCCGCGGCCCAUCAAGCCGCAAAAUCAGUCCAUAUUCCUGGAUGGCUUCUUCACUUUUGGUGACAACUUGACCGUUAAGUCAUGCAUCAGUACAUGUUCAAAAAAGAAGUUUCCUCUGGCCGCGUUAGGAGCAGGAACAGAGUGUCACUGUGGAGCCUUCAGUCCUGAAUACCGUAUGCAGAAAGUGCUACCAUUGGGUGAUUGUAACAUUCCAUGUAGAGGUGAUGACAAGUAUUAUUGCGGAGGAGACGGUGCGAUGUCAUUGUACCAAACAGCGGCAGAAGAUACACGUUGCAAUGGUAAAAUAAUUAUGAAACCUGUUGGUACCCUGCCAUUGGUAGCAUUAGCCAGUUUCCCUGGUUCCGGUAAUACUUGGGUGCGUUAUCUUAUAGAGAGGGCAACUGGUAUCUACACGGGUAGUAUUUAUAAUGACAAAGAUCUCUUCAACAAAGGGUUCAAGGGAGAGCUGAAGGACUGGAGAAAAGGGACAACGAUAGCUGUGAAAACGCAUAAUUCUAAUCCGAAACACAUCAGUGAGUUUAAAGCCGUAAUACUCAUCAUCAGGAACCCCUACAAUGCCUUAAUAGCUGAACAUAAUCGUCAGUUCGGCGGCGACCAUGUUGGAUUUGCACCAGAAAGCAAACGAAAAGGAAAAGCAUGGACGCAGUUUGUAAAGAGACUAUCCGCAUCUUGGACACUCGUUGCCAAGAAUUACAUCAAUAGCCAGAGGGUUCACGUUGUUUACUACGAAGAUUUACAAACUAACCUCUAUGAGAAUCUGAAAAUGAUGGUGGAGUUUCUUAGCGUACCAGUGAACGAGGCUAGACUUCUAUGUGUUCUCAGCAACCCCGUAGGAAAGUUCAGGAGGUCAAAGAAGCCAUCGACCUUUGACCCUUUUACAGAGGAAAUGAAAGAGAUGAUCAAUCUCAAUAUAAAACAUGUUUCCAUGACGUUAGAAAGCAGGAACUACACUGGACUUCCUAAAGACUACAGUCACAGAACUUAACUCUAAUGGGACACAGUUUCUUGGCGACAUUUUAGAAAAUUGUCUAGCGUUGGGAAUUCAAUUCAAUUCAAUAUUGGUUUAUUUUCAUAUAAAAAAAAAAGACCAAAUAAAAAGUCAUAGACUAA